AUAUCCAUCGGAGCACCAUUCAUACUCUAGAACUUUCACUUCUAGUAGGACUGCGGCUUCAGAGAAAAUCCCAUUGCUGCCUGCGCGCGCUCUUAACAUGAACUCAAAUGGAUUAAAACGUAUGUGACAUAAACCUGUUUCUGUAAGUAACCUAUAGGUAAGCUUUACAUUUUCAAUUUUAGGAGAAUAUGCGAAAGCUGUAAAUUGGUUUAAGAUUUUGAAUCCAUCCUGCGUAAUGCUUACCUGGACAUUAUGAAGAGACAUCAAAGCAUUUUGCAUGCUUGGGAAAAGAUACAGUAUUGCUGAAACUUUCUGUUCGCCUCCAUUCAACCACUCGAUAUUGCUUGUGGAUAUCGACACAACUGAAUCUUGAGUGACCAGCCUACACGUAGCAGCAAUUUCAUUUUUGACACAAAUAUGGACCGUUUAUGGAUUGCAGUUUUAGUGGUUCUAACCGUUGCACUAGUACGAAUGUGUGACUGCCAGAAGGACUCAACAGGUGGUAGACAGGAGAUGUGGGAGCAGCUCCGGGAGCUAGCGAGGAGCCAAGGUCACUCCGCAGUGGGAGCUAAGGACGCUGUCCCCGACAUACCAUCCAGAGAAAGCUUGCUCAACUUCUCUCAUAAUGUCUCGCACUCCGGUCGCCGGGCUCCGGUGAGCUCAUCAUCUCAACGAGAUAACAGGUACGCGACGGCAAUUAAACCAGUUCCAGCUCCCAGUACGGAAGCUUCCCUCCGGGCGGAUGAUGCCACGGUCCCACGAGAUGCUGCGCGUAGGGCCGCGACACAGCUCGGCACCCAUCACUCAUCACAGCAAAGACCGCGAAUCAGUUCCAGACAGAGCAACAAACCCAGCUCAACGCAUACCAGGCGCCUUGCAGGGCCUAAUGUAUGUGGAGGUCACCAGUGCUGCUCUGGAUGGGCUGUGGCUUCUGGCACCAACCGCUGCAUAAAGCCCGACUGCCAGCCCCCCUGCCAUAACCGCGGCUCCUGCAGUAGGCCCCACACAUGUGUGUGCCGCUCGGGGUUCCAGGGGGCCCGCUGCGAGGAGGCAGCACCAGAGCAGGUGUACAUCCACACCGGAGGGUCCCUGAGGCGCAUCCAGCCAGGCACUAACCCCUUCCAGAGAGAGCAGCCCAGGAGGAGACCUACAGAGAGGCAGGCCAUAGACAACCCCAGCCCCAGGGCCCAGACAAUCAGACCUGAUACCACCAGACAGCCUCUUCAACCUGUGACCCAGGUGAGGCGAGGACCAGCCGACUCAUCGUCUCCUCAGCAGACUGGGACGUCUCGCACCGUCAAGCGAUACCCAUCUUCCACUGGCCCCAUCACAUCCAACGCUCUGCCUAAUGGGAACGGACAUGACAUUGGGAACGCCAAGGGACACUCAAGUAACGGCCACAGACCCACCACCAAUGGCCACGCCAACAAUGCAGUGGCGCCAGCAGGGGCCAACCUCACUUCCAGCCUUGACCGCAUCAAGAUUGUCUUCACCCCCAUGGUGUGCCGGAGGGUGUGCAGUGGCGGCCGCUGCUACAACAGCUGUGAGAAGGGUGACACCACCACCGUCUACAGUGAGAACCAGCAGCAGCAUCAGCCGGCAAAGACCCAGGGCUUCAGACUCUUCUUCUGUCAGAUCCCCUGUCUGAACGGCGGGCGCUGCAUUGGCAGAGACCAGUGCUGGUGCCCAACAAACUCCACGGGGAAGUUCUGCCACCUCCCAGCCCCCCCCCCUGCCCGACCCACCCUCAGCAGGAAGGACGGCAGCCUGGCCGGACACAACUCGUCCUCCCACUCCAUGUACACCCUGCCGCUGUCCAAUCAACAAGCCUCUCUACACCCAUCCAUGGUGAAUGUCCACAUCCAGCACCCCCAUGAGGCUGAGGUGCAGAUCCACCAAGUUGCCCGAGUCAAGCCUGGCCAGAGACCCCCCGCGGCUGAGGGGGCUCACUCUGUACAGCAGCGCUCCCAACCUGGCAAUGGCAUCGGCAAUGGGCAUGGGCACACCAGACCACACAACCGGCAGAACGGAUACGUGGGGAGGUGCUUCCAAGAGACCGUUGAUGGACAGUGUGGGAAGCCUCUUCCGGGCCUGACCAAACAGGAUGACUGCUGUGGAAGUGUGGGUGCCUCAUGGGGCCUGAACAAGUGCACAGAGUGUCCAACCAAACCAGCGUAUGCAGUGAUUGCGAACGGACAAGUGGAAUGCCCUAAGGGUUACAAAAGGAUGAACUUGACUCAUUGUCAAGACAUCAACGAGUGUCUGAUGAAUGGGAUCUGUAAGAACGCUGAGUGUCUGAAUACCAGAGGAAGCUACAGAUGCACCUGUAAACCAGGCUACAUGCUGGACCCUGCCAGGAGCCACUGUGUCUCGGACAAGGCUGUGUCGGACCAGAGGGGGAUGUGUUACCGCUCAGCGUCAGCGGGGAUCUGCUCUCUGCCUCUCACUCAGCACAUCACCAAACAGAUCUGCUGCUGCAGCCGUGUGGGCAAGGCCUGGGGCACGGCCUGCGAGAGGUGCCCUCUGCCAGACACAGACCAUUUCAAGGAGAUCUGUCCCGCUGGCCACGGCUACACAUACUCGCGCUCCGACGUGCAGAUCUCCCUGAGACAGCUGGAGGAAGAGGAGCUGAGGAGGACUGGCGUUUCCUGGGAGGCCCAAAACCCUAGCCACCACCAACUGCCCCAGCAGCCAGCUCAGCCCCCGCAGCAGCUGCCCCACGUCCCACAGAUCCCACAGUACCCCUACCACCGCCAAUCACAUCAACCACAGCAUACACAACACCCCCACCAACCACAACACCCACAACACCCACAGGAGAUACCCCACCACCCCCAGACCCCACAGUACCCUCAUCAAUCCCACAAACCUCACCAUCCACAGCACCCCCAAGAGCUCCCCCAGAUCCCCCAGUACCCUCACACCCCCCAACAACCACAACACCCUCUCCAUCCAGACCCAGACACCCAGCAUCCAGCUGGGGAGACCCCCAGCCAGCCUCAAGAUGUGGAAAUAUUGAACCCGCGUCCUGCUGCGACUGACUCCCCACUGAAGUACCCAGAUGUGGUAGAGAAAGUGACUCCUGACUCUCCCAUCAACCUGGGGCCUGAAUCUGAGGGCAAGGACACAGCCUCCAUCAAUGUGGCCACUCAGGUCACAGAUAUUGACAAGUGCUCCAUCACUCCAACCAUAUGUGGCCAUGGGCUGUGCGUGCCAGUGCAGACAGGCUACACCUGCUACUGUGACCCCGGCUACAAGCUGAGCGCGCUCCAGACCAACUGCAUCGAUGUGAAUGAGUGUGAGGGGGACCCUUGUGGAGGGAAGGGCCGUUGUGUGAACACCUUUGGCUCCUACACCUGCCAAUGCUACAGCGGCUACAGCCAGGUCAUCACCCAGAACAGGAAGUUCUGCCAGGAUAUAAAUGAGUGUGACAUGGCCAACAAGUGCCAGGAUGGUGACUGUGUCAACACGGAGGGAUCUUACACCUGUGAAUGCAAGAGUGGCUACGCCAAGUCCUGGAAAGGGCCGUGUGAAGACGUAGAUGAGUGCCAGGGCCCCAGUCCGUGCCCCAGUGGAAGGUGUGUCAACACCCUAGGCUCCUUCCAGUGCCAGGUCUGUGGCCCCGGGUUCAGGGCUGCCAGCGGGAGAUGUCUGGAUGUCAACGAGUGUUUGGACCAAUCGGCGUGCGCCCACGGUAGGUGUGUCAACUCCGAGGGCUCCUACAGCUGCAGCUGUUACCAAGGAUACCAGGCAUCUCUGGACAACAGCAGUUGCCAAGAUGUGGAUGAGUGUCUGCUCCCUGGAGCCUGCCUCCAUGGCAGGUGUGUCAAUCUGGAUGGCUCCCACAGGUGCAGCUGUAACCCUGGUUACCAAAGUGCUCCUGACGGCAGGGCCUGUGAAGAUGUUGACGAAUGUGCUACACCUGUGUGCCCCGCGGGAAUUUGCACCAAUUCCGAAGGUUCCUACUCAUGCAAGAACUGCCGACCUGGAUUCCAGCGAUCAGCGGGUGGACAGAGAUGUGAAGAUGUGGAUGAGUGCUCCAAGGCAGACGUGUGUCUGGGAGGGGUGUGUGCCAACACAGAGGGCUCCUUCACCUGCACCCGCUGUAAAGACGGAUACAGGGUGUCCCAGGACAGGCAGAGGUGUGAGGAUAUUGAUGAGUGCCAGUCUGGGUCUGUGUGUGCUAAUGGGAUCUGUCUGAACUCUGAGGGCUCCUUCUCCUGCAUCACCUGUCCCUCAGGCUACAGCGUCUCCCUAGACGGAGAGCUGUGUGAAGAUAUUGAUGAGUGUGAGCUGCCCACUACGUGCCCCAAGGGAACAUGCACCAACACUGAGGGUUCCUUCACCUGCACCACCUGUGGGUCAGGCUAUAGAGUGACUGAGGAUGGGCUGGAGUGUGAUGAUGUGGACGAGUGCUUGGUGGCUAACGUGUGCCCAGGCCAGCUGUGUCGGAACAGUCCUGGAUCCUUCUCCUGCAGCAGCUGUGGGACUGGCUUUACCCUGUCUGAGGACGGCUCCCACUGCCAGGACAUAAAUGAGUGCCUGUCCCCAGGGGUCUGUCCCAUGGGCGUUUGCAGCAACACAGAGGGCUCCUACUCCUGUAUGACCUGUGACCUUGGCUUCACGCUUGCGCCCAAUGGGCUUACCUGUGAAGACAUCAACGAGUGUGAGGACCGCGGUCUGUGUCUGGCAGGACAGUGUACCAACAACCCUGGUUCAUACAGCUGCUCCUGUCCAUCGGGCCUGGAGAUGGUGGACGGGACAUCUUGCAGAGAUGUGGAUGAGUGUCAGUCUGGGGGGAUCUGUGGAGAUGGGGACUGUCUAAACACAGAGGGUUCCUACCUCUGCAUCUGCCCUGAUGGAUACACCACAGGCACCACAGAUGGAAUUGGCUGCCAAGAUGUUGAUGAGUGCAGCAAGGAUGGCGUGUGCUCCCAUGGCCAGUGUCUAAACACGGGUGGCUCCUACAUCUGCCUUUGUGAGACUGGCUUCAAGUACUCUGUAGACACAGCCGACUGUGAGGAUCAGAAUGAGUGUAAGGAGUUUGGUAGCUCAGUGUGUGGCACCUGGCGCUGUGAGAACACCAUUGGCUCAUACCGAUGCUUCAUGGGCUGCCAGCCUGGCCUGUAUGGACAGGACAACCCAGACUGUGAUAUUGAUGAGUGUGUGAAUGAGACCAUCUGUGGGGACCAUGGCUUCUGUGAGAACACAGAUGGCUCCUACCGUUGUCAGUGUGACCAGGGCUACAGCAACCCCCCUGGUGAUACCGGGGCCCAUAGCUGUGUGGACGUGAACGAGUGUGAGAUGAGCACGGCGCUGUGUGGAGAGGCCCUGUGUGAGAAUGUGGAUGGCAGCUUCCUGUGCAUCUGCCCCAGCGACAAUGAGGAAUUUGAUCCCAUCACCAGCCAGUGCCGCCCGCAGGGUGAAGAUGCUCCUCCUAAGCCAGCCUCACCCACUGAGGAACAGAGGAAGGAGUGUUACUACAACCUGAACGAUGCUAACUUCUGUGACAACGUGCUGUCUCGCAACACCACCAAGCAGGAGUGCUGCUGCACGGUGGGGGCCGGCUGGGGGGACGACUGUGAGAUCCACCCCUGCCCAGUCCCAGGGAGAGAGGAGUAUGACCAGUUGUGUCCACAUGGAAGUGGUCUUCUGCCCCAAGCUGUUUUCUCCCACAGCUUGGAACAGCAGAGUUUCAAAGAUGUGGACGAGUGUAAGAUGUUUGGGCCAGAUAUCUGUAAGAAUGGCCGUUGCUCUAACAACUUCUCCUCGUACUCCUGCUUCUGCCGUACAGGCUUCUACUACGACAACAUCCGGCUGGAGUGUGUGGAUUAUGACGAGUGCCUGACAGAGAAGGAGUGUGUGGAUGGGGUGUGUGUGAACACUGCCGGCUCUUUCGACUGUUUCUGCAGUCCCCCUCUGGUCCUGGACACCACCCGCCGUCGCUGCGUCAGCGUCAACACCACCGAGGAGACUCAUGAGCCUGAGGAGGACAUCCACCUGGACAUCUGCUGGCAGGGCCUGGUAGAUGAGCGUAUGUGUGCCCAGCCCCUCAUCGGCAGGAGGACCACCUACACGGAGUGCUGCUGUCUCUAUGGAGUGGCCUGGAGCGAACAGUGUGCCUUUUGCCCCAUGAGGGACUCUGAUGACUACGCAGCAGUGUGUAACCUGCCAAGGAGAGGGGGGUCUGACAGUCUACGAGAGAGACCCGGCUAUGAGUACGGUCCUGGGGUUGAGGGUCCUGAUGGGCCCUAUGUCCCCCCCUACUGGGACAACUAUGGAGGAGGGCCCAUUACUGGGCCUGGGGGUACCUACUACAACCCAGAGGACACCCAGGGCAUCCCCCUGUUCACAGACAACACCAACGACUAUGGCUCCCGAGAGGUAGACAUAGAGCCGCCACUACGUGUCCCUGUCCACCGGCCAAGAGAGUUCCAGCCUCGCCCUGUAGACUCAUAUAAUGACCACUUUGAUGGCUUCGAGGGCCUGCGAGCAGAGGAGUGUGGCAUCCUGAAUGGCUGUGAGAAUGGCCGGUGUGUCCGCGUGAGGGAAGGUUACACCUGUGACUGCUUUGAUGGAUACGAGCUUGACCUCACCAAAAUGGCCUGCAUCGACAUAAACGAGUGUGAGGAUAUCAGUGACAACGUGGCGCUGUGUAAGAACGGUGCCUGUACCAACACCGAGGGGUCGUACAAGUGCACCUGCCUGCCUGGCUUCCAGGCCUCUGCCAAGCCCCAUGAAUGCAUCCCAGAGGUCCCAGUGGCUGGCUUUAGAGAGAGAGUGGCAGGGAAAUGAGGGUGUGCAUGUUGGAGCUUUUUCUCUCCUCCCUCCACCACCCCACACCCUUACCCUCUCCUCCCUCCACCACCCCACACCCUUACCCUCUCCUCCCUCCACCACCCCACACCCCCCCGCCCUCUCACAGGGCCUGGCACUAAACCUCCAUCAAAAAACACUGAAACGUCCACGCUUGUCCCCUAAACACACACACACCAACACACAUACACACAUACUCUUAUUGACUCUUUCAUAUUUUCUCUCUCUCUACCACACAAAUACUCAUUCACAUUUCCACAGGGGACCAGGAGCUAUCCAGUGAAUGUAUUCCAUGGGAUAUCCUAUUUCUUAACAUUUAUAUUUUGCCUAAAGGGAUUUCUGAGGAGUGACCUUUUAUUCAGUGAUCCCAGGCAGUUUGGUAUGCAUACAUACAUUUUUUCUGCAUUGUUUUUCUCCAUGUGUCUUUUUGGUUGAUUAUUUAUUUCAUGUACAUGACAAGGCUCUGUAAAGUAAGAGGGCAUAGGAUGUAUAUUGUCUUAUUUGUCAGACCAAUAUACUUUACUAACGAUGAGGGGAAACAGUGUGAAUAGUUUUUUAAGUUUGGUAACUAAGCCUGGAGGAAGCUUAUUGUCGUAAGCAUGCCACAUGUUAUAUUCAUAUUAUAACAUAAUAAUCACAUUGCUAUACAGGGAAAGUUACUUUCAAACCACUUUUUACUAGUAUUUGGGAUGCUUCUGUUGUCAGCAAGGCCUUUAAAAGGACCAACCACCACUUCCACUGGUCUUCUGUGUUUCUUAUAACAGUGCAAUCCUACAGUCCUCAUCCUCAAGACAAAGAGGCUCCUCUGUUGGCAAGGUUGUCUCAAGAGCAAUAACUACGAUCAAACAAGGUCCAGACCAGAUUCAUAUGCUAUCACAAUGUUGCUUUGACCUGCUGCCAGUACAAAGAGAGCGAGAGAGAGAGAGAUAAUUGAAUAUGGGCUUGGAAAGGCUAUAAAUGUACAGUACCAGUCAAAAGUUUGGACACCUACUCAUUCCAGGGUUUUCCUUUAUUUUUACUAUUUUCUACAUUGUAGAAUAAUAGCGAAGACAUCAAACCUAUGAAAUAACACAUAUGGAAUCAUGUAGUAACCAAAAAAAGUGUUAAUAAAAUCUAAAUAUAUUUUAAAUUUGAGAUUCUUCAAAGGUGCCACCCUUUGCCUUGAUGACAGCUUUGCACACUCUUGGCAUUCUCUCAACCUGCUUCAUGAGGUAGUCACCUGGAAUGCAUUUCAAUUAACAGGUAUGCCUUGUUAAAAGUUCAAUUGUGCAAUUUAUUCCCUUCUUAAUGCGUUUUGAGCCAGUCAGUUGUGUUGUUACAAGGUAGGAGUGGACACAUCUCAACAUCAACUGUUCAGACUCUCUGAGGUCAUUAAAGAUCCCAUGGCACUUAUCGUAAGAGUAGGGGUGUUAACCCUGGUGUCCUGGCUAAAUUCCCAAUCUGGCCCUCAAACCAUCAUGGCCACCUAAUCAUCCCCAGCUUACAGUUGGCUCAUUCAUCCCCCUCUUCUCCCCUGUAACUAUUCCCCAGGUCGUUGCUGUAAAUGAGAAUGUGUUCUCAGUCAACUUACCUGGUAAAAUAACAGUAAAAUAAAUCAAAAAGAGGACACUGUGUGAAUCAGGCCUUCAUGGUAAAUGGUGUACUAAAGGACACCAAUAACAAGAAGAGACUUGCUUGGGCCAAGAAACACAAGCAAUGGACAUUAGACCAGUGGAAAUCUGUCCUUUGGCCCAAUAAGUCCAAAGUUGAGAUUUUUGGUUCCAACCGCCGAGUCUUUGUGAGGUGCUGAGUAGGUGAACGGAUGAUCUCCACAUGUGUCAAAAAAAUACAGUAGAAAUACAUUACUGUACUUGUAGAUUUCUUAAUUCCAUUAUUUUACUUUUAGAUUUGUGUGUAUUGUUGUGAAUUGUUACAUAUUACUGCACUGUUGGAGCUCGGGAACACAAGCAUUUCACUACACCCGCAACAACAUCUGCUAAAUAUGUGUAUGCGACCAAUAAAAUUUGAUUUGAUUUGAUUUGAUUUAGUUCCCACUGUGAAGCAUGAAGGAGGUGUGAUGGUGUUGGGGUGCUUUGCUGGUGAAACUGUCGGUGAUUUAUUUAGAAUUCAAAGCACACUUAACCAGCAUGGCCACCACAGCAUUCUGCAGCAAUACGCCAUCCCAUCUGGUUUGCACUUAGUGGGACUAUCAUUUGUUUUUCAACAGGACAAUGACCCAACACACCUCCAGGAUAUGUAAGGGCAAUUUGACCAAGAAGGAGAGUGAUGGAUUGCUGCAUCAGAUGACCUGGCCUCCACAAUCACCCGACCUCAACCCAAUUGAGACGGUUUGGGAUGAGUUGGACUGCAGAGUGAAGGAAAAGCAGCCAACAAGUGUUCAGCAUAUAUGGGAACUCCUUCAAGAUGGUUGGAAAAGCAUUCCAGGUUUAAGAUGGUUGAGAGAAUGCCAAGAGUGUGCAAACCUGUCAUCAAGGCAAAGGGUGGCCACUUUGAAGAAGUAUAUUUAGAUUUGUUUAACACUGUUUUGGUUACUGCAUAAUGCCAUGUGUGUUAUUUCAUAGUUUUGAUGUCUUCACUAUUAUUCUACAAUGUAGAAAAUAGUACAAAUAAAGAAAAACCUUUAAAUGAGUAGGUGUGUCCAAACGUUUGACUGGUCCUGUAUAUGAUUAAAUAUGUAAUAUGUUUGUAUAGGUUCCACUAGCCUUCUCCCACUAGUCAAGAGAGUAGUUAAGCAAACAUAUUGUCCCAUAGCAAUUUGUUUAUGUUUACAUUCAAUCACAUUCACAUUCACAAUUGACUUCAGAUCCCAUGUAAGAACAUUCCCAUUAAUGCAUCUCUGAUUGUGAGUAAAGGCUUUGUUGACGAGGUUUAGGAUAUUUUGUACAGAUCUAGUACUAUGUAUUAAUGUUUUUGUUACAUUCUAAUAAUGCAUAUAGUGCAGCCAAUAUUUUUGUUUGACAAAAAAAAAUCAAAAAAAUCCAGCAUUACAGUUUAGCCAUUUAGAUUUAUAUAUUUCUGUAAAAAAAAACUUUCAAAAAAACAUAUCUUUAUGUAUGAGAAAAGUGGUUUACACUGUACCAGAGAAAGUGUAUGUAUCCUGCCCUGUGGAGCAGACAUUGAAAUGUAAUGUUGGGGAAUGGCAGUACUUUUUUAAACACAAUGUGGUGCCAUUGAUCCUACAAGUACAAUACAAAGAAGAAUGCCUUCUGAAAUGCAAGCAUUGUUCUUUGUGCCAUUAAAACACAACUUGUUUGCCUUUCAAAUAAUGUUACUGGGAGCAGUAUGUCAUUCUGGUGACCUUUUUUUAAAAUCAAUAUAGUGAACACUAUUCGUCAUUUAACAUUGUUGUCCUUUCACAUUCAACUCUAGAAACAUAUGAUUGCUGAUUAGUCAUGUUUUCAAAUUUCCAUUAAGAGAAAUGCGUAUCUUGCCAGCACCUAUCUUACACAUAUUUGGAGGAUGCCUUCUUUCAAUGACUGAUGCCCUUGACCUGCAUUCAAAGAGAUGUUCACUGUACUCUUUAUCAGUCUAUAUAUACUGUAUGAUUCAUCCCUCCACAAGUCUUACAUUGAGGUCAAACAAAUUGUGAACAUGUAUUUUAUAUUAUUUAAAGCUUUGUAAACCACAAGUUGUGGUGUAGGAUGUGAUGUAUGCUGUGGUCAAUGAAAAUAUCAUGUUCAUUCCUUUUGUUUACCUCUUGACUGUAGUCACUAUCUGUCAUCAAAAUAAACUUUGAAAAUAUCUAUAUUUA